AUGACAUGCCAACGCAACUGGCUGUAUUUAGAAAGCAUCUUCAGUGCUCCAGACAUCCAGAGACAGCUACCGGCGGAGGCGAAGAUGUUCAUGACCGUUGACAAAUCUUGGAAGGAGAUCAUGCGGAAAGUUGUCAGAUUGCCAAAUGCCAUGAGAGCUGCGACACAACCCGGUUUGUUAGAGACGUUCCAAAAUAAUAACGCGCUGUUGGAUCAAAUUCAGAAAUGUCUUGAAGCUUACCUCGAGUCCAAGUGUGUUGUCUUCCCAAGGUGAGAGGUUAUGAAUCAAACGCAUUCUUAGUUCAUGAGGACAUUAGCCAACCACGUUGCUGUAUUUUGCCUCUAUGAUUAUUAUGUAUAUUCCAAUUUUCAUUAUUGCGUAGUCAUACCUGUAAUGAUACUUUUUCAUUGUAGAUUUUAUUUCUUAUCGAAUGAUGAAUUGUUGGAAAUUCUCUCUCAAACUCGCAACCCUCACGCUGUUCAGCCACAUCUACAAAAAUGUUUUGAUGCAAUUGCAAGGUAUGGAUUUAGAACAUGAAGUAUGUAGCAGUUGUAGUCAAUUUGUUUUACGGAGGUGCUGUUCAUAUAAACUACUAUUCUCCUCAAGAAGAAGCUAUACAACUCUUUGUUAUUUAUAAAGCUUUCAUUCUUUUCUUCUAGUUUGGAGUUUGGAAGUGCUCCUCCUCCUGCACAGGCCUUGGGUGACGCAGCUGGAACUGAAAGACGUAUGUUACUUCUCGUGUAUUUCAUCACCACAGAUUUUUGCAGGGGGGUGUAUAUUCAUAUAUUCAUGUUCACAUACCGUAAAAACAAUUGCUUUCAAAAGAAAUCCGUCGGGCAGAACGCGAAUAUAUGAAUAUGCACACUCUGCCAAAUUAUCGCGCUAGGAACGGCCCUGGAUUUUUGUCCUAAAAACAUGUAAUCCAUUCAUUGUGUUUUCCCUUUAGCGUCCUCAGCCAGUAAAGUUGUUGAGACAAAGACCAAUGAUAUUAUAGCUAUGGUCUCUCCUGAGAAGGAAAAAGUCCCACUUGGAAAA